CGCAAGUCGGGACCCCACUGAUUCGUCGUGCGUCGCGAUUUUUUUUUCCGUUGCAUGGGCGCUUGCCAAAAGACUUUUGCUAAAUGCCAUCCUCCACAAAGCCAAUACCCCACCAACGGUUGAACAAUGCAGAACCAGCAGCAACAACACCAACAACACCAACAUCCCCAAAUGAUGCACAACGGCCCUCCAGGCGGCUACUACGACGGCCAGAGACCGCCGCACUUGGGACUCAUGAUGUCGCCCCAGGUCGCAGCGCACCAGAUGCCGCCAAUGCGGAUGAAUGCGGCAAUAGGCCCGGUGGCGCCGAACAUCCGCUACGUGUGGGCGGACAACCUCGAACAAGAGUUUGCUCUUCUCCGCGACUUGGUCGAUACGUACAACUACGUGCUGGUGUCGACGGAGUUUGCGGGCGUGAUGGGACGAUGUAUGGGUGCGUUCCGCAGCACGUCCGACUUCCACUACCAAACGGUGCGGGUGAACGCCGACUUGAUGAACUUGAUCCAGAUGGGAAUCACCCUCACAGACGCAAACGGCAACCGGCCCAACAACAACAUCCUGUGGCAGUUUAACUUCCGCUACAACCUUGAGGAGGAAAUGUUUGCCAGCGACGCCAUGGACAACCUCUUAAAGACGGGCUUGAACCCAUUGAAGCACCAGGCCGACGGGAUUGACCCUGUCGGCUUUGCUAGCUUGUUGAUCGACAGUGGUUUGGUGUUGAUGCCCAACGUGCACUGGAUCACGUACCACGCGGGCAUGGACUUGGGCUUUUUGAUCGCAUUGUUGACGAACGACCUCUUACCCAUGGAGCAGGAGGCCUGGACCGAGUGGUGCCACUUGUACUUUCCAAACGUGUAUGAUUUAAAGUACCUCUACUCGCUCAUCCGUCCGCAAAGCGCGCAGGUCACGGGCAAGAGCAGUAUCGAGGGCUUGGCCGACGAGUUGGGCAUUGCGCGCUUAAAUCACAUGUACCAGGUCGGCAACCAGUGCCACUUGACCAGCUUGUGCUUCAUGGAGUUGAAGAAGCAGCUCCCCAGCAUUGCCAAGACCAAUGGCGUGGUCUGGGGCUUUGGCGAAAUCCAACCGCUUCAGGCCGAGGCCCCUGGCGUCGCUGCCCGCGGUGUCGUCCACUACGGCAGGGCCGGGAUCUAGUGGAGUGGUUCUGUAUAUUAUUUCCGGUUUAAGUCACGUAUUGAUCUAGUGCUUGUGUGUAUAUUACAAUAAAUAUUGAAUUAUCUGUCA